GAUCCACAGGAAGCCCACCUGGGUGCCGAAGUUGAGUCCGUCUCUGACGUGCGAGAAGAAGGCCUCGGGGUGGCAGGAGGUGCAGGGCGUCACGCGGGGCCGACCGGCCGCCGCGUCGUCGUGGAUGUUUUCAGGCAGGACGCCGCCUUUCUGAAGGAGGAUCCUGGAGAGGGACGUCAGCAGAAACACUGAGCGGCACAAAGACGCAACAAACACAAGUACGGCUGCAACUAACGAUCACGUUCACUGUCGCUUAAUCCAUCGGCUGUUUGGUCGAUAAGACGUUAGGAAAUGUGAAGGUGAUGCUCAGUUUACCGUCGCAGGAGCAAAGAAAGCAGAAAAUAUUCACAUGUAAUAAAACAAUCAAACCGGGAUUUUUAAUUUAAUAGUUUUAGAUUAUUAGUUGCAGCUCUGAGAGCUGUGAGAGGAGCGACAGGUCUGUGCAGUCUGACGUCCAGCAGGUGGCGCUGCAGCCGAGAGACCUGCUGUCAUAUCUCUACUGUUACUGUGACAGAAGCUUUAAACAACGAGGUGUGUGUGUGUGUGUGUGUGUGUGGAGCGCCACCUGUUGGCGAGGCGGAUGUUGACGUGUGGUCGGGCUGACUCUGGGUCAGCCACGCAGUCCGGGUGGACGCGGUGGAAGUCGAGCGCCUGCUCUCUCUGCAUGGUGAAGCAACACGGCCCCACCGACGGCCCCACCGCCACCAGGAUGUCGCUCACCCGGCAGCCGAACUCCGCCACCAUGGCCUCCACCGUCGCCAUUGCGACCCCCAUCAGGGUUCCUCGCCAACCUGAGGACCAGCGGUGGAAACUGAGUAUAUUUACUCAAAUACUGUACUGCUCCACCAGUCGCCUCCCCGCUGACAGAGACCAGACCCGGUCGUCGUGCACGGCGCUCUCUCUCUCUCGGAGACGCGCCCCGGGUUCCGUCCUACCGGAGGCAGCAGCGGCUCGGUGUCUGCAGAGAGAAAGGGGGACCAGCUUCACCUGCACCGGGAUUUAUUAACGCGGAGGUUCCGGAGCCUGUGUCGGAUCCCGUCACCGCCUGAACCGGGACCAUCAGAAGGGAGCUGCUGCACUGCAACAACCGAUGGAGAAAGUGGAAGAGUCGGUGUGAGCUGGCAGAUUUAUUGUGAGUCCGGAGCUGCCAGCCGAGGCUCAGAGUCUAGAUCCAGAACUCCGCCCAGUCACAGCUGAGCAGCGCUGACCAGGUGAACGACAGGUGGACUGCGAUCGCGGCUCUGACUGGAUGAACCCGUCUGUUGGCCCGUCCAUCGAUCGGCCCCCCCGCCCCCCCGCCAGCCAGAGGAAGGAUCUGAUGAGCGGCCUGCCGAGGGAGGAGCGAAGAGACGACCUGCUAUGGCCGGAGCAGCUGAUGGCGUAGGCGGUCCGGGUGCUGAGCAGAACCACCUGAGCGUCCCCGUCAGCGGUCCUGGAGCCUGGGCCACGGCCAUGAACAACCUGGGCAUCAUGCCUGUGGGCAUCAGCGGACAGCAGCUGGUCUCAGACUCUCUGUGCAUCCAGAGGUUCGACCCCGGGCUGGGCCUCAUCGCACCCAUAAACCCCAUGAUGGCGGGCAUCGGCCUGGUCCCUCCCCCGCCCGUACCCCCCGACAUGCCCGUCAUCAAGGAGAUCAUCCACUGCAAGAGCUGCACUCUGUUCCCCCAGAACCCCAACCUGCCCCCUCCAUCGACACGGGAACGCCCCCCCGGCUGUAAGACGGUGUUUGUCGGUGGCUUGCCGGAGAACGCCACGGAGGAAAUCAUCAGGGAGGUGUUCGACCAGUGCGGGGAGAUCAUCGCCAUUCGCAAGAGCAAGAAGAACUUCUGCCACAUCCGCUUCAGCGAGGAGUUCAUGGUGGACAAGGCCAUUUACCUGUCAGGGUAUCGGAUGCGUAUCGGAUCCAGCACUGACAAGAAGGACUCUGGGAGGAUCCACGUGGACUUCGCCCAGGCCAGAGACGACCUGUACGAAUGGGAGUGUAAACAGCGCUUACUGGCCAGAGAGGAAAGACACCGCCGCAAGGUCCACGAAAACCUGCUGCGGCCGCCGUCUCCUCCCCCCGUCGUGCACUACUCUGAACACGAGGCGGCGCUGUUAGCGGAGAGACUGAAAGACGACCAUAAGUUCAGCGAGGCUACAGCGGUGCUGUUCACCUGGAUCGACCGGGGCGAAGUCAACCGCAGGACCGCCAAUCACUUCUACUCCAUGAUCCAGUCGGCCAACAGCCACGUUCGUCGGCUGAUGGGUGAGAAAGCUCAGCAUGAGGAGGAGAUGGAGCGCGCCAAAGAGACGUUCAAGAACGCCCUGAUGGCCAUAUUAACACAGUUCGAGCAGAUCACCACCGUUUUCAGCGCCGCCACCAGGCAAAAGGCGUGGGACCAUUUCUCAAAAGCACAGCGCAAGAACAUAGACAUUUGGCGCAAGCAGUGUGAGGAGCUGAGAAACGCCCACAGCGAAGAGAUCAUGGGCAUCCGACGGGAGGAAGAGAUGGAGAUGUCAGAUGACGACUUGGAUGAAAAUCCUUGUAAGAGGAUGCGCACUGAAAAUGGAGUGUAUGAUCAGACUCAGGCGUCUCUGAAGGAGGAGAACGACUCCCUGCGUUGGCAGCUGGACGCCUACAGGAACGAGGUGGAGCUUCUGAGAAAGGAACAGAGCAAAUCCAGCCGACCAGAAGAAGAUCAGUCACAUGGUGCUGAGGCUCAGAUCCAGAGGCUGCAGCAGAGCAUGCACAGCAUGCAGCAGCAACUGCUGAGCCUGCAGGAGCAGCUGGCGAGUAAAGAAGCCGAGCUGGAGCAGGCAAGAGAGGAGCAUCGCUACCUGGAGGGGGAGGUGCUCACGCUACGAGACAAGCUGCUGGCCAGUAACGGCGAGGCUGUGGAGGGAACCAAUGGAGAGCUACAUGAAAAGGGGAUCAACGGGUGUGUUCCUUCGCUGUACCACAGCAGAGAGAGGAGGAGCGAGGUCAUCAUGAGAGGAGGCGUCACAUCAGAAAAAGAGGCCCUGCUUCUGGGCAUCAUAUCGACCUUCCUCCACGUCCAUCCGUUCGGGGCCAACCUGGAGUACCUGUGGUCGUACAUACAGAGGCUGGACUCAAAGGUGUCGGCGGGGGAGCUGGAGCGUCUGAUGGUCCGUCUGCCCAGCAUGUUCAGGCAGGAGCUGAGCGGCGUUGGUGCGACCCUGGAGAAGCGGUGGAAGUUCUGCGGUUUUGACAGCCUGGGUUCAGCGUGACGCAGGGAGACCGCUCGCACACGCCUCAGACCCGAUCCACGUUCCGUUGUCCCAAACCACGAUGGAUAUGUAGCGGCGUGUCGGGCGUUGACGUUCACGGAGGAAAUCUCAAAACCCUUUCACUUGUUGGGUUGACCUGAUCGUCGCCUCACUGAAGAUCCUCAUCACAGUGAGCAGCACCAGAGACCCUCCUCCUGUCGUCCCUCCUUGCUUUGAACUGAAUCGUGGUCCUCUGCUUUGCUGUGGUUGGUUCACCUGGAGCGUGAAACAGCCAGCAGCAACCUGAAUCAGAAAGAGAGUCAAACUUAUACCAAAGUUGAUCCUUCAGAGCAUUUACACAUUGUAAAAAGUUUAUCAAGUUUCAUGCCAGCCCUCAUUGCAUUCCUCAACAAAAUAAAAGCAGCCUACUUUAUCCAGAAAGUGUGGGUGUAAUAUUAGAUAUGGUAUCAGUGCCUCGCUAACAGAGAACAGCCUCUCAAAUGGAGCUGAAGAGGAAAGGCUUGUGUUAAAUUCAUAUCCCGCCAUAUGCUAUGUUUUAUGUUUAUGAACCAUGGAGAAAGGAUUUUAAUACACAAAAAUCAUCCCACCCUUAAAUCUCUUGUUUUUACUUUAAAGAGGUCAUAUGCUUAUUUUCAGGUUCAUAGUUUCAUCUAGGGGGUUUGUACCAGAGUAGGUUUACAUGCUUUAAGAAAACCUUUUGAGUCAUUUGCUGCAGAUCCUCUUGUCACCCUGUGUGUUGAACGUGCCGGUUUAGCUACAGAGUGAAGCAUAUCACUUCUAUUAGAUCUUUGUUGGGAGCUGCACAUGCUCAGUACCUAGCUAAGGACUACUAGCCAAUCAAGAAGCAGAGUAGGGCGGGUCCUAACCAGUUUAUGAACACUGCUUCGGUUCAGCUACACAACCUAGAUCAAGAGUUUUAGAGCAGUGAGUUACUAUAAAACAUUUAUCUUUCAUAAACUGACUUUCAUUAACUGAGCUCUGUCUCUACAUCACAGCUAUGUGUCCACUGACAGUUAAGGAAAACGGCCACAAAGCGGAAUAUGACGUCUUUAAAGUAAUUUAAAUAUAUGGUUCAAAUAUAGUAAACAGCAACGUAUAAUAUUUAUUAACGGCAGAGAAUAAUGGAGGGAAACUUCUCCGGGGUUUGAGAUAAACCCCCUAGGUGGGGGGGUGAAAGUGGAAAAAGGGCAAUAUUUGAAAUGAAAAUAAAAAACUGAUGGAAAUAUGAGAGAAUAAUUUUGUAAAGGAUGACAUGAGGGAGAGGAGAAAAUUCAAUCGUUCCGCUUAAUUUAUUUCAUUAUACUGUGCGAAGAAGCUGCUCACUGGAAGCAGCCGACUGUAUUACUGUAUUUAAAUAUGACGACAUGAUUAACAAUGGUCCUGACUGUGUCCUGCUUUAAAAAAAUAUAUAUACACUUCUUAAGGAAAAGAGUUAACUACAGAUUAGUUUUGCAAACUUUUUCCCGUCUGAAUGGAGCGACGGGGGAAAACUUGUGUGAUGGAGGAGAACAUGCGAAUGGAGGGAUGAAGAUGCUUUUGUUUUGUCUGCGUUUCCAAAGACCACAGUGCUGUUCGUGUCAAACUCAAAUGAUGAUUAAGUGAUUUUGUAUUGUACUUCCGUAAAGUUAUGGGAGUAUUUGUUUGUUUUCUAAUUUAAAUAAAAAUGUAUUGUCAGUAA